UCGCUUCACUUACAAGGGCGCGACCAUCAGUCUUCGCUUUACAGCGCUCCAAUGCCAGAAAGAAUGCGUAGCACGAUCAAUAAAGGACUGGCACGCUCACUAGGCAGCGCCCGUGCAUUCUACUGCCCGUCCUGCGCAAUCCGGCGACAAGCGCUCACAACGCGUGCCACUAUCAGCACUGACCAAACCACAUCCACAAGACGAAGCGGUUGCCUCCUCACAUCGGCUUCAAAGUCCGUCGCCCGCUCAUAUACAAGCUCAGCUAUCACCGCUGGAAAUACUAUUCCGCCACGGCUCAAGGCUCUCCACAAUGCUCUUAGUGGUGUCAAACAGGCUUCAAUCGAACAAGUGAAUCUCAGUCGGCUGCAACUUGCUCUGAGAGGGUUAGAGUCCGAAUCGCCGCUAAUCCGUGUCGCUGUUCUUGGUCUAGACAACGCAGAUUCCGCACGUAAGCUAGUGCGAUUGCUCCUUGCUGACCCCUUAGGGCCACGAGAAGACUGGGAGGAUUUCCUUGAAGGUUAUGACUCUGAUCCUUCGCGCGGACUAUUGAUCCGAUAUGGAGAAAUCUCCGAAAAUAUUAACAACGACCUUCUACCCACUAUCACUAUUCGAUCACCCAUCUUGAAGAAUGGCAACCUAGAGCUCCUUGUCAGCUCAAUCGGCUCCGAAUCUGACUCGACUGGCACUACACUCUCUGCCGAAACAUUUCUCGUUCCCACAGUCACCAUCCAAACAUCACACUCCGGUCGGCACAAUGUCGUCCGUUACCCUGUGCAUCGAAGUAUCAUCUGCGGGACCGGGGUGGACGGUCUGCUGGCAUUCAGCACCCUGAUAGGCCGUUCAGACCUGAAGAACGAGGCAGCUUCAGUGCGCGGCGCUAUUGAGCUGUCCGUAACGGGCUCAAAGCGCAGCAGUGACCGCCUUUCUUUCGUGGAUAUCCAACGCGCGAGUGCUGCUUUGAAUAAAAUUCGUGAUUCGGCACAAAAUGCCAUCGAGUAUGAGCGUGGGUGGAAUAGUAGUGGUGUGCAGCCAGUCAUUGACUGGCUUGCAUCUCUCGCGUCACCCAAGGAGCAAGUGUUGAACCCGGCCCUUGUUCCGCUGAUCGAGUCUCUCCUCGACGCUGCCGAUCAAGGAGUUCUUGCUCGAAAUUCCAAGGCGAUCCUAGCCCAAACACAAGGUAUGGUACCUCAAGAAGUUCGGUCCGAGCUUGAACGCGGCGUUGGGGCUUGGGCUGAACGAGCCCAUUCAGAGCUCCGUAGUUCCCUUGAAGCAGGCUUCGCUAGUCCAAGAUGGCGAGGUCUGGCAUGGUGGAAGCUCUUCUGGCGUGUUGAUGAUGUGAGCAUGAUCACAUCCGAGAUACUAGAGAAGAGGUUGCUUCGACGAGCAGAGCAAGAGGUGAUCUGGACUUCAGGCAAGUACCAGCAGGCUGGUUUGCUAGAAGAACCUACCACAAAAUCCACCCCUGACCAGUCUACUCCGCCCCCCUGGCCAACCCAGAUCCCUGAUAUGCGAACUAAACUGCUUAACACAACUGUUCCAUCCCUUCAAGCCCUUGCCCAGAGCCUGGUGCUCUUCAGCGUUUCUACCACAACCCUCACAUCAGCACUCUCCGCUCUCACCUACUUCUCCGUGCCUUCUGCCUCCAUAUAUGAAUCAUGUACCUUGGCCGCAAUCGGCCUUAUCUACUCUAUGCGUCGUCAGCAGAAGAAAUGGGGCGUCGCCCGCGACUUCUGGGAGGAAGAGGUUCUUGAAGAGGGCCGAGCGUCUUUGCGGGAGACCGAACACUUUCUGCGACAGAUCGCGCGUGAAGGCAAGGAUGUGGAAGAUUCAACCGAUAAUCGGGCACGGGAGGUAGUAGAUCGUGCUCGAAAAGCCUUGGAAGAUAUCAAGGUAUGA